UAGGAACUAUAAUAAUGACAAGGGGGGUAUCAUUCAUGUCCUGUUAAUGGUGUAUAGGUGACAAAUUGGUGUCUUUGUUUCUGACCCAUCACUGUCUAUAAAUGUCUGAGCACGUACAGAUGGGCAUUACAUGGCCAGGGACAUAUGUAUACAUACAACAAUCUACAUGUAAAUGUAUUCAACUACUUUUGGUCAAAUGGUCAGACAUUUAGGUACAUACUUAGGCCGGUGGUCAGUGAUGAAGUAUUUACAUUACGAGGCACUCCUGGUCAAGGUCUGCUGUUGAAGCAGCCAUCGAGCCGUUUAUGGUACGGAAUUUUAUUGAUUUAUUAACUAGUAGGUGUUUGAUUAAACAUUUCCGUAAUCAAGAGAGGGUCAUUUAGAUGCUAGAUGGCAGGGAUUUACACCUGCUAACGAGCACACCUAAGUCUCCAAUGGCAUUGUUACCUGUUGUGUACCUACCUAAGUAAGUGCCAUUAACAUCGAUACAUUGAACACACAAGUUUGUAGGCUGUACAUACAAUACUUGUAUGGCCGAUAUUUUCAGUUUACUGGAUCUUCGUAUGCUAUACUGUUCACUUUAUCAUCAAGUUUUCUUUGUUUCUUAGAGUAGCACUAUCUUAGUCAAGGGCUUGACACAUUUUUGUCGGCCUGUUUAGGAAUUAGGGAAGUCAAUCCCAGUUUUCAUCCUGUAAUCCCUAACUAGCAAUAUUGCAAUAGGUUUAUUGAAAGUAGGAUCUCAUUAAGAACACAAUGUAAAGUCAGAAUCCAGUGUCUCUAGGCUCCAUGGGUAGUGGACACUGGUCACAGGACGAGGGUGUACAGGACAAGAUAGCCACACACCUGAUGGGGCAGUCAUUAUAGGGCUGCUACCUUACACAGGUAAAUAUCACCCUGUACAGGUGAGCACAAACUUCAGUGAGUGAAAUAGAGGGGCAAAGGUAGGCCGUUAGCUCAGGUGAAAAAUAUGUGGAGGAAAGGGAAUUUGAAGACAAAGAUGAAGAGAUGAUUUUCAGAAGAACUUGACUUGUAAUAAAAGUUUUCGAAUCAAGUGAACAACAAGAUGAAGCCUGUUUUAGCUUUUCUGUUGCUGUCAGGAUUGUUCUGUGGGACUCUGUCUCAAAACGCUGUCAUUAGAUUCACAAUGUCUGAGGAACUUCCAACUUCAACCUUAGUCGGAAAUAUUGCAGAGAAGAGUGGAAUGAGGAAUAAUUAUACAACAGAGGAAUUUAACAGCAUUCGCUACAAAUUUCUGGAUCAAAGCGUCAUGCAGACACGUUUUACAAUAAAUGAUGUAUCAGGAAACUUGUCGACUUCUGUGGUACUGGACCGAGAGUCUAUUUGUGGAUACAAGGAGAUAUGUAUCCUGGCCUUCGAUGUAGCAGCCUACUCCAACUUGAUCACCCUGUUCGAGAUUUUGUCGGUAGAAGUGGAACUCACUGAUGAGAACGACAAUAUUCCAACCUUUCCGGAGAGUAAUGUAACCUUCCAUAUGUUGGAAUCUUCUGUAAUUGGCUCAACUAUUUCGUUAGAUUAUGCAACAGAUCUUGACUCUACUCGUCUUAACUCCAUCAAAUCAUACGAAAUUGUACCAGAAGAUUUUGGUGUGUUUGGUCUUAAUGUGACAACGAAGCCAGACGGAGGAUUUCAGUUGAGGCUUGUGUUGUUACAGUACUUGGACAGAGAAACCAUGAACCAUUACCAGUUCUACGUGAUCGCUAAAGAUGGAGGAAUUAAACAGAAUAUCGGAACAAUGACCGUGAACAUCAUGGUGACUGACUACAAUGAUCAUUCCCCAGAGUUUGUACAGCCGAUGUAUAACGUUACUGUCGCCGAGGGUGUCGCUAUACAAACCUCGAUUCUGACACUGUCGGCCACAGACAAGGAUAUUGGAGAAAAUGCCAGGAUCACCUAUGGAUUUAGCUCAAGGCAAUCAGAUUUGGACAUCAUCACUAGCUUGUUUGAAAUCGAAUCUGCUACAGGAGUUGUGAAAGUCAUAGGAGACUUGGUAUAUGAGACAGGGAAAGUUCACAAGUUUUACGUAGAAGCUAGUGACCAUGGAGACCAACCUCGGGUCACUCAGACCACCAUCUAUGUGACCAUUUUAGAUGUAGGCAACAACCCACCCACUGUGAGCAUCAACUUUCUGUCAUCAGGAAACGCAGGGUUGGUCAAUGUGUCCGAGUCCGCAAACCUGAAAACAGUUAUAGCCCAUGUAAAUGUGAUAGAUACAGAUUCAGGGCCUAACGGCAGGGUGGACUGUACCAUUUCGGGUAACAACUUUGAACUGUCGCCUGUAGGGGAUAAAGGCUUUAUAGUGCGAGUGAACCGUUCACUGGACAGGGAGACGAGAGAGGUACAGAACAUCUCUGUUGUGUGCCGGGAUCAUGGAUCUCCUGUCCUCAGCUCUUCACUCCACUUCCUGGUGAGGAUCCUGGAUGAGAAUGAUAACGAACCCGUCUUUAAUCAGGACACAUACUUCGCGUUUGUGGAGGAGAACAGUAAAAUUGGAGCCAUGAUAAAACAAGUGGGUGCCACUGAUAUAGAUGUAGGUCGUAAUGCUGUCGUGUAUUAUUACCUCACCGACGAUGCUCAGGGACGAUUCGCCAUUAACUCCAAUUCCGGUGUGAUCACUACUUACACACACUUUGACCGUGAGCAGAGGAACCACUAUGAGUUUACAGUACUGGCAGUUGACAGUGGUAACCCUCCCAUGACUGGCUCAGCCACUGUCGUCCUCACAGUCACAGACAUCAAUGACAAUUACCCCACAUUUGAUGGAGCCUCAUUCCAGUUUUUUGUACAGGAAAAUCUGGCAGUGGAUGCCUAUGUGGGAACAUUAAGUGCUAAUGAUGAUGACGAAGGAGUUAACCAAGAGGUCAUGUUCUCCAUAUCACCUUCGUACACCAAUCGGGUGCCAUUUUACGUCAUGCCAGAUGGAGCAAUCAAAACAAAUAUUCGACUUGACCGUGAGACCAAAUCUGUCUACACGUUUGAAGUUGAAGUGACAGACAAGGGCUCGCCUCCUCUGAGCACUGCCACCAAUGUUAUCAUACAUGUUACUGACGACAAUGACCAGGCUCCAGUCAUCCAAUUCCCCAAUAAGGGAAAUAACUCUGUGUCAGUUUCCUUCCUGGUUCCCAUAGGUACCACGAUCACCAAAGUGUUAGCUUACGACUUGGAUGAGGAGGGUCCAAAUAGCCGACUAACCUAUUCUAUUAGAUCUGGGAACAACCAUGACAUUUUCGCUAUCGGUCAGACAUCUGGUAACAUCUACCUAAAGAGAGCAUAUUCCCUGGAGAGUGACGAGAAAUUUAUACUGGAAAUUUCAGUUAAAGAUAAUGCUCUUCAUCCCAAAGAAACAGUCCACCAAUUGGAAAUCAUACUCAAAUAUUCCAAUGAAUCAAGUACUUCCCUUGUACCAAAGACAGGAAAUACUAAUGUCAUCAUCUCUAUCGUUGUCGUGGCAUUCACGUUUGUCAUCUCGGCAGCCAUUAUUACAACAAUCUGUAUCCUACGACGUCAUGACAAAAAAUUAGAAAUGAAACAUUCUGAGAAAAUGUUUGACAAACCUGAAGUUGCAGCUAAUGAUAAAACGAAAAAGGGAGAUUUAACAUAUAAGGUGGAUGAUGUGAUGGACACUCCAAAGAAAAAGAAAAAGGAAGUUAGUUUCUCCCUGGACGAGGCCUACGGAAGUAUGCAACAUGACUUCACUGGCACAACAGAGUUAAAUAUUGCAGAUCCUCUAGAAGAUGGUAUGUACCCCAGUCAAUCAAACAAACAGAUGCAAAAUUUACAACUGCACAAGCAUCAUCUACAGGCUCAUGAUAAGCAGAAGAAUAUUAUGGCCCAGCCUCUGUUUGACAACUUGAGUGAUACGUCUGGUGAGACAGCUAACUCGGACAGUGGUCGCGGAGGAAGUGAUGUCGAUCUCUCAUGUCAAAUGAGCAUGCAAGAUGAACUAAAAACUUUCACAUUCAAUUAUUUCAACAAAAAACCAAAGUCAUCUACACCAUCAACUUCAUCAAGUGUUUCACAGCCAUCAAAUCACAACAAAAACAGAACUCAUGGAAACAGUGAAAACCAUGGCCAUUAUGGACAGAAACAUUAUAACGGAUCUGUGGAUGUUUUCCACACGGGGUCAGAAUUCCCCAGAGACAAAGUUGACUCUAGAGUGGGCACGGAUAACUUCUCUAAAGACAGUUCCAAAAAAGGUGGCCACCGAUCAAAAUCAAAAUCCGAGAAAUGGUUUCCAUCGUAUGUGUGAGGUGUUGUGUGACACGGACAGAUAGAAGUCUCAUUCUCCAGAAUUAUGAUCUCAUAUGGUGACCAUACAUUGAUAGAUGUGAUUACAGCUCACAGGAACAAUGAUGCAGAUGAGAAAGUGCUGUUAGAAAUCCUAGUCGUAAUGACUGGGAAAUAUGAGAUUGACCUUAACAAUAAUCAAAAGAUAUGUGAUAUGAACAAUCAAUACAUUAAUGUACUGUGCUUUACCUGCCUGAAGUUUAUCCACCAAUGUUUGUGUUUUACAGAAACUUUGUCGUAUUAAUUUCCAGCCCUUACCUAAUAGACCUGAGGAAUAGAGGGAACUGUUCACUACACAUACAUUAUAUACUGUGUGAUGUGUAGAUCAAUUGGAAACCAAUUUAAAAUAAAAGGCCUUUUCUCAGAAUGGAGAUCUACUGAAAGACUUUCAAUCGGAAUGGAGAUCACCUCUAGGUCCUUCACGCAGAAUGGAUGUAACUGAUUAGGGGAGCUCUAUGCAGCAGAUAGGCCCCUAUCCAUGGUCGAGGAGAAACAGGAACAACCAUCAUUCCCUUCCAUAAGCUCAAGAUGUUUUACACAGAAGCUUCAUCAUAUAUGGCUGCUUUUUCUACAAUGUUUGAAGAGAAAAAUGGAGCCUUUAAAUAAACUUCACACAAAAUAUCUAAAAAAUGACCAUGGAUCCGUCAUCACCUGGUACAAUCAUUGAAGAUGUUCCCUCUAUUGUACCACUGGGUCAGAUGUAGAACAAAAAUGUAUACCAGGUUAUUGGGAAUAUCUAUCUGGACUAUGGUUGGUCUACUGACAGUUACCAUGGAACUGUGUACACCAUUUAAUUCCUACCGGACAGUGUGGGGACUUCUGAAGGAUUAGGCUAUUGGUGGACUUCAAUGAAAAUGUUUUUAAUGUGAAAUGGCAGAUGCACAAGUUAUAAGUUUGUGACUGUACUGGUAUAUAAUACCUAUGAUAUUACACUUUUAAAUGGUGCUAAUUACUGUAUUUGUUCCCGUAUACUUACACAGGGCAAGGCAGCUCAACUCUGGUUUACUGAUAAAAAAUUACUGUUGUGAAAAUUAUUGUCUAAUUAGAAUUGGAGAUAAAACGGUACUUUGUGAAUCAAAGUUUAAUACAUGUUUUCUAUGUUUAUAAAAUGUAGUGAAUAUUUUUUUUAAAUGAAAUGAUAUUAGAAACUUUUGGAAUCCCAUGGGGAAUGUUGGUACCUUUCUAGCCUGUAGAUUAUAUAAGUAUUGAGUGUAUUGACAGAUGAGGUGAUCUGUUAGUAAAUGUGGUACGAUUUCAACCCUAGGAAAAUACUAUUUUAGACCUCUUAUUUAAGCUAAGACUAAUUGGAUUUGAUAUAACUACAAACAAUAUCCACAUAUUACCAAUAAUUUGUGUCUAAUUAGGAUUCAAAGUGGGAAGUCUCCAUCCCAAACCGGAGGGUUGUUAAGUAAUAUUGAUGUGUGAACAGUUUAUUUCAGUGUUAAACCAGACAUGAUGUGCCCUGAUGAUAUCGUUGUUAUGUUUGUAAUCAUUAAGUAUGCUACCUUACUUAUAACUGUCAAAUAUGUCCAGUUAAAUUGGUCAACAUAAUAAAACUGUACAUUUUGAAUAAAUGUUUCAUGUUUAUUCAACAGGUGAUUCUUUUUAAAAGGAAAUGCAAAUUAAGUAAGGUAGCAUGUCCCCUUAAUACAUACACUCAUAGUUGUAUACAUUUAGACAUUUCACUCAAUCUGCUUAGAUUUGUAAUUUCCGCUAUAUGAUAUUGUAUUCCAAUGUAUUGAUGAGUAUCAAGUCUAAAUAGAUGGAUAUUUCACUCAAUUCUUUCUUUCACUUUCAUUCUUCAAAAUAUGGAAUGGAUAAAAUAUAAACUCAAGAAAUUUUUUACUUUCAUAUCGUGUAAAAGUUAUGUUUUACUAAGAUCUCAGAGUAAGAAUUUCCAAGGUUCCUGAUGUAGUAUUUGUAGGAAUUAUUGUGAUUUGUCAGGAAAUUUUGAUUGUUCAUCAAUUAGAGACCACUUCAUGUGUCAGUAAAAUGUACAUGUUUGUAAUUUAUUUAAAUAAAAACGAGAAAACCGUACCAGCUAAAAGUUGGUGCUGUUUACAUGGGCAGGUUUCCACUGUUUAUGUUUGUUAUUUGAUAUUAAUGUUGUUGUUAUGAUACGCAUGUUCAUUUCAUGUUGACAGUAAUAAAACUGUAAAUUUAAAA